AUGGGUCGCAAAGCAGAGGUACAGAGAGCUUUGCUGGAGAAGCUCAUGGGACCAGAAGCCAUGGGAACUGCCAACGCAACUCUGCAUUUCACCGACGACAAGGUCUGCAAAAAUUUUCUUUGCGGCAUAUGUCCCAACGAUCUCUUUUCAAAUACCAAAGUGGAUCUCGGACCAUGUCCCAGAUCUCACACUGCCAAGCUGAAGGAUGACUACGAUGCUGCGCUAUCCAAGGGAGACCGAUACGCGCAAUUCGAAGUGGAGCACGAAAACUCCAUUCGGACCUUCAUGGCGGACAUCGACCGCAAAAUUGCCGCCAACAAGCGACGUAUCGACAUUUCGCCCGAAGAGACUGCCAAGUUCACCAAUCUGAUGAGGGACAUUCAAGAUUUGGAAGCUGCUCACGACGCUGCUACGAAGGAGGUGGAAAGAUUGGGAGAAGCUGGAGAGAUUGAAGCUAGUUUGGCUGAGCUCAACAAGGCUGAAGCUUUAAAACAGGAGAAGUCGGAUAGGGAGCGGGAUUUGCAGGUGCUCAGCGAUAGCGCUGGUGCAAGUGGACAUCAAAAAUUGCGAGUGUGCGACGUUUGCGGCGCCUACUUGUCCAUCCUGGACUCCGACAGACGUCUUGCCGAUCAUUUCGGAGGAAGGAUGCACUUGGGCUAUCUCAAGCUGAGGGAAGUGAUCCAAGGAUUCGACGACCGGAGGGCAAGAGGAGAAGAUCCGAGGACCUUCUUGGCGCAAAGAGGACCGGGUCCGCUCAAAGGAAUCAAUGGCACAUCGAACGGCACAUCGUCUGGCCCAGCUCCACCGACAGGUCCUGGAGGGCAAGGCGCAGAUGAUGGGUACAGGCGAAGAGAAGACGAAAGAGACAGGGAUAGGAGAGACCGGGAUAGGGAAAGAGACCGAGGCUCCGAUCGGGACAGGGAACGCGAGAGGAGGGAAAGAAGGGGAGGAGCUGAUUAUCGGUGA